AUGGAGCAGUGGGGCACGUACUGCAUGACGCUCGGUAACAACAUCAGAGACCCCGCGAGGCACGACAUCACGUUCAUCAGCACGUUCAUCGCGCGGUACGGUGAGAGGGACGGCAGUGGCAGCACGCACGACGACCACUCAAACCAGCGGGGCGACCAGCACCACGACCAGCACUCCCACAAGCACUCCGACCAGCACCACGACCAGCACUCCGACAAGCACCACGACCAACACUCCAACCACCACUCGGACCAGCACUCCGACCACUACUCCGAUCAGCACAAAACUAAGCACCACGACCAGCAUCCCGACCAGCACUCCGACCAGCACAACGACCAACGCGAAGACCAGCACCACGACCAGCGCAACGACCAGCACGACCAGCACAACGACCAGCACCACGACCAGCACUCCGACCAGUACGCAAACCAGCGCAACGACCAGCACUCCGACCAGCACCACGACCGGCACCACGACCAACACUCCGACCAGCACCACGACCAGCACUCCGACCAGCACCACGACCAGCACUCCGACCAGCACUCCGACCAGCACCACGACCAGCCUGGCUGCAUCAUCUCACGCACGCGCCUUCGACGAUGGCAGCGACGCAUGCACAUAGAGGCCUUGCGCGGGCGUCUGCAGAUCGAGCCCGCGCAGCGAUUGCGGGCCGAGGAGCAAUGCCGAGCACUGAUGGCGGCCCCCGGUGGGGCCACGUCCCGCGAGCGUGCUGUCCUGGCGGGGCACCGCCUGCAUAAGGCAGCAUGCCGCCACACAGGCGUUAGCGAUCACCACGGCCCCGUGGCGCUUUGGCGCGCUGGAUGGGUCAGCCCUGCAGCCCGGGAGACGCUCCUGCGCGCCGCCGCGGGCAGACACCACGGGCUUGCCGACAUGUCAGACGAGGAGUUUGCGGCCCUCUCCGCGCCGGCGCUCAGAGCCGCACAGCGCGACGCGCGUCGCCAGGAUCGAUGCGCCUCGCAAGACGAGCCCCGACACCAUGCCGCGCCUCUCGCUGAAGCGGCCGGGGACUUUACUGGGCACCGUGCGGCGGCGGUGUUGCGGGCGCAGACGGCGUGGCGGAAACGCACGAGCCGUCGCCGCUCCGACCAGCACGACGACCAGCACGACGACCAGCACAACGACCAGCACAACGGCCAGCACUCCGCCCAGCACAACGACCAGCACUCCGACCAGCCCAACGACCAGCACCACGACCAACACUCCGACCAGCACAGCGACCAGGACAACUACCAGCACUCCGACCACCGCAACGACCAGCACCACGACCAGCACAACGACCAGCACCACGACCAACACUCCACCAGCACAACUACCAGCACAACGACCAGCACAACGACCAGCACCACGAGCAGCACGCCGACCAGCACCACGACCAGCACCAGCUCGACCAGCAACAACGCCAGCACCCAGCACCAACGCCAGCUCGACCAGCACCAACACCGGAACGACCAGCACUUGGUAACCUGCAGGUUCUGGCGCGACCCGGCCGAGCCGCGAGACUCGGAGGCCCCAAACCUCCCGAGGCUUCUGGAGCGCCGCUGCAUCCCCGCUGGCAGCGUCGGCAUCGACAUCGACACCUUGUUUGCCCCGUGGGCGCGGAGCACGCAGUGCAUGACGCUGGAGGUGCGCGACCCCUACCUCAGCUACUUACGCCGAGCAUCGGACGCGUGCCCGGCAUGCGAGCACCUCGACGCUAACUCCUUGCUUGCAGCGUUGGACGGGAAGGACCUUUCCACAGUCACUGGUCUCGCCAUGUUCGAAGAAAUGUUCCGCGCAGUCAAUCGAGCUUCCCAGCGCCUGACCAAG